AUGUCGACUACACGUUGUUUAGUAACACAAUUAAAUGUCACCUUAAAUUCUGUCGUUUUGAAUAUAAUCUCUAUAUCAAAUACAUUCACAACCAAACCAACCAUAAAUAAAAAAUAUAAUUCAUCAAGAUCUGUUGUUUCAUCGUAUUCAAAUAAUAACUUAUUUGAUAAUGGUACAAAAUUUCAAGAUAAUUCUGAACCCAAUAAAAUCACUAAUAUAACAUCCCUCAAGACAAAUGCAUCAGAAUGGUUAUCUGAUUUAUCUGAUCACAUGGAAUCUAGUCAUAGAAUAAUGAAAGAUAAUAUGAAUUAUGAUUUAUUGUCAUGUACAACAAUGAAUUUUUCUAUGAAUAGUUUACAUAAAAACGAAACUAUACUUAAUUAUAACAACAACAACAACAACAAAAGUUCUAUCGACUGUACAGAAUUCAAUAAUCAAUUAAAUUACGAUGUGAUUAACAAUAGCAAUUCAUUAAGUGGACGAACAAAUUUCACAACUAGACAAUUAACUGAAUUAGAAAAAGAAUUUCAUUUUAAUCGUUAUCUCUCUAGAGCAAGACGUAUUGAAAUUGCUGCUGAUUUAAAUUUAACCGAAACUCAAGUGAAAAUUUGGUUUCAAAAUCGUCGAAUGAAACAAAAGAAACGUAUACGUGAUAAAAUUCUCAUUAAUACACAUCAUGAAAUGGAUGACAGUUCAACAUCAAUAACAACUAGUCCACCAUCAUGUGUAUCACAUGAUUUACAAAGUAAUCAUCAUUUGUGGAAUUCACUCAGUUCACAAUCAUUGAACAAUCAACUGUCUACAGACAAAAAGAAACAAUUAAGUCAUACUAAUGAGAAUAUCACUGGUUCUUUCGAUAAUCAAAAUACUGAUAACAAUCAGAGUCAUAAUAAUUAUUAUCAUCCUCAUCAUCCUCAUCAUAAACUCUUCAUGGAUUAUAAUUAUUUUCUGUGUCAUCAUCAUCCGUCUGCUAAUCCAGCUUCUCAUAUGAUCAAUACUAUGACUACUACUAAUACUACUAAUAGUAAUACCGAUACUACUAACAUCCGAAGUAAUCCAAUGAAUAUUUAA